AUGACCAUCUCCGACAUUGGAAGCGAAGGAAGAGUAAUAAUAUUACCGGAUGGUUAUGAGGCUUCGAAAAAUAUUAACACGUUUACGCUGCCGCCACCUUCCAAUAUUACGUCCAAACAUCGUAUCGAACUCUUUGAAGACAUCAGUGGAAAACUUUACGAAAUAAGGUCUUUCCAAUUCGGUAAAGGGCCCUCGUAUUCACAUGAGGAAGACUUGGCAAAUGAUAAAUAUCAUUAUACAAAGGAAAAUCACCCGAUCAAAUCGACUUUCAUUGUAAAUACUUCUAACCCCUCCGAAGGUUAUGUUUUUAAAUCAAGCAAAAUUUACUUUUGUUCUUUACAUGACAUUACUUUCAGUUUGAUUGGUUUUUACUAUAAGAACAGCGUUACAGCAGAUGAACAAGAUUACGCCAAUUCAAGCGACACUAAUGAUAACCAAAUCAGUAGCAGCAAAAAUCACGAGAGAUUUCUUACGGUGCGUGAUUACCAUGAUUUAUUAACGGAUACCCACGACAAGAAUUGGGACAGCAUUUCUUUAAGCUGCCUCAAAAGUGGGCUAACAAAAGUUAGCGAAACAAUUGAGGAAUGUGGCGACGUAUAUUACAAGAUCACGCCUGCAAUGAUAACAAAAUAUUUGGUAGGCAAGGUAUCAAAAAUCGUGAAGAACUUUCCUCCGAGUAUCCCUACACUUAAAAAUGUACCAACGGAAAUAGAACAGAGCUACAAGGUAGUUACGGCUACUAGCCUUUUGAUCUCUCUGAUUCCGAGGGCAGCCUACCAUAAUUUAGUUACCUUUUCACCCACAAUGGCUAGCAGUUGCACAAACCUAGAUAUAAAAGCUAGUUUCAUAGACCUCGAGAACUAUGAAAUUACAAAAGAAUCACAAAAUGCUGAGAAAGAACUACUGAUGAAAAGCGCCGUGAAUGUAGGCUUAAGUUCGAAUGGCAGCGUUUCGUUGUCAGUGAAAAAAGUUACAAAAAAAGUAAUUCAAAGUAAAAGACCAAAAGUAGCGAUAGGAAAAGGGGCCAUCGAUGGGUUUUUUAAACGUAAGUAA